AUGACGUUGCCCAAGGUUGCCAAAGUAGCCAAGCUUCGUCAGAUUCUUAAUCUGCACAUCCUCAACUUCACUGCAUGCUACAAUCCUGAUGUAAAAAUUGAUGGAAACGGUCUAUCCUCAAUUAUAAUGGAGGCAUUACCAGAUUUACAGCAGGUGGAGAUUGUACGUCUUGCCAAAGACGUACUUCCUGGUCAUUACAUAGAGCUUUGUGUAGCUUUAGGGUACUCCAUAAACCAUGGUGAUGCAGUUCUUGCCAGCCACCAAUCCAAAUACAAGGAAGCUACAACGCAGGUUUUAAACGAUUGGAAUACGAAACAAAUCGAGCGAAACCAAAUACGAUCAAACCUGGCACGGAAGCUAAAAGAGGCGGAGCUUGGGGAAUUAGGGACGAAAUUGUCCACAGGUGAAUACUUACAAUCUGAAGAUGGCAUGAGCAACCAAGGGGCAGUACCCGGUGAUUCAGAGUUUAUACAGCAAUAA